UUUAAGAGUAAAAUGUCAUGUCACACGAGCAUGUCAUGUGUCAUGGAGAUGUAUUUUAUAAAUUACCGAUAAAAUGUUAAUAUUGUUUUAAAUCGGUUAAUGAAACGGAAUAAGAGCUUUGAAUGUUAAUUCUGUUAUUUAUUUUCAGAAACGCAUAAAUGCUUUUAUUUCGAACAAUAUCAUUAUAAAUUAACAUUCGCUGCAAUUAUUUCAAGAAAAAUGGAGAAGUUGAGAUUUGACUUUAUGGUGAAGCCAUCGGCAGAUGGAAAGUCAAACACCAUUUGCAUUACCUCAAUAGGUACACCUGAAGGAAAGGUUUUUGAAAUGCCCCAAGAGUACCAACCUGUAAACCUACACCAAGUAAUCUGCAAUACGUCUAACUAUGUCAAGGUAAAAAAAACAUUGAUCAAAAGACAUCAAAUAAGGAGAAUUUGGAUAACCUUGACGAAAGAUAUCUCAGAUGUAUAUUUGGAUGAGGAACAGAAUUUACAGUUUAAUGAUUUUUACUUAGAAGAAAUUUCUGAGGAAAGGAAUAACACUGAACCUAUGCCCAGCGGUUCGAAUAAAACAUUAGAGGAAUUAUUGGAAAGAUUGCUUGAGAGUAAACAAACUAAAUCUGAAACUCAGAAUUUAGGGAAAAUUGCAAGAGACUUUACCAUUGAAAAGUUCACUGGCAGAAACUUAAAUCCCUACCAGUGGAUUAAGAAUUUUAAUAAAGAAUGUGAACGGUUUCAAAUAAAAGAGGAUAGGAAAAAGAUUGAAAUAUUGAAGAAUUUUAUGGAAAAUUCCAGCAUAGAUUGGUAUAGCUGCAUGAUUAUGAAAUUUACAGUGGAAUCAGAAUGGGAACAAUGGGAGAGAAAUUUUUGUGAAACUUUUGCAAACAAAGGAUGGUCACCCAUUAGAUAUGCUUUCGCGUUUAAGUAUCAAGCAGGUUCAUUGCUUGAUUAUGCCUUGAAAAAAGAAAAACUGAUACUGGAAGUAAGGAAAACUAUUGAUACUGGAACACUUAUAGAUCUUAUAGCAUUUGGUUUACCCAGUUAUGUGGCGGACAAAAUUGAUAGAGGAACUUUAGUAAGUACGGAGGAUCUUUACAAUAAUAUUGGACAGUUGGAACAUCUUGUCGGGAGAAAUAAAUACGACAAAAAAAAUACUACACAAUAUUCUGACACAAAACAAAAAAAAACUGAAGAGAAAAAACCAUGCUCAAUUUGUGUGAAAGAAAAGAAAGGGAAACGUUAUCACUCUGAGGAAAAUUGUUGGUUUAAGAAUAAAAACCAAACAUCAGUUGUGAAGACUGUAAAUAACUCUGAAUUAGAAGUUGAACUGAACGAGGAGAAUCAAAAAAACUAGAGGUGCCACCAUUAAUAAAAGUAAAGUUACUAUUAAAUGACACUUUAAAUGUUUCUGGAAUCUAUGACUCGGGUUCAAAUGUGUCAUUAAUUAAUGCGAAGUUAUUAAAUAUACAACCAAGGAAGGACAAAAAGGAUAUACAAAUAGUAAACUUGAAGACUAUUAAUGGUGAGAAAAAAACAAAA